CGGCCGCCGGCGCGCCUCCGAUAGGUUUACGAACAUUCGGCGCAUCGUGUCGUCACAAGCCGAGGCUGGCCGACGCGAGCCGAACAAGCGCGACGAGCACGACGCCAUUGCUAAGUUGCGUUCUCUUGUGUAAAGUCGUGCGCCACGAAGGGUAGCGUCGUUUCCGAGUGUCCGUUUGAUCGUCGUUGUUUCGGGUUCUCGCACGAGCCACAAAAUGCCGGGUUUUAGCAGCGUUGGCACGUUUAAAAUUUUCAUCGGUAAUUUAGCCGACAAAACCUCAAAUGCUGACAUUAAGCCGCUGUUCGAGAAGUACGGAAAAGUCGUUGAGUGCGACGUGGUAAAGAAUUAUGGGUUCGUGCAUAUGGAGAACGAGGAGGCAGGGCGUAAUGCGAUACAGAAUCUGAACGGACAUAUGGUUCAUGGGCAACCAAUAAAGUGCGAGGCCGCGAAGAGUCGUAAGGGACCCAACACUCCCACGACUAAGAUCUUCGUUGGCAAUCUCACCGAUAACACGAAGGCGCCGCAAGUGCGAGAGCUCUUCGCCAAGUACGGCACAGUCGUCGAGUGUGACAUCGUGAGGAACUACGGAUUCGUUCAUCUGGAGGCGACCGGCGACGUCAAUGACGCCAUUAAGGAGCUAAACGGUCAAAUCGUCGAUGGACAGCCGAUGAAAGUCCAAAUAUCUACCAGCCGUGUACGACAGAGGCCAGGAAUGGGUGAUCCGGAACAAUGCUAUCGUUGCGGCCGAGGCGGUCACUGGUCGAAAGAGUGUCCCAAGGGUGGAAUGGGCGGUGGACCGGACAGGAAUGGAUACAGAGACCGAAUGUUUGGUCGCGACCCAUAUCCGCCGCCACCGCCACCGCCAUUCCUGAGGGACCGUCUCAUGGGUGGUGGCCGCUUUGGGGACUACGAAAGCUACUACGACAGAAGAGGCUUCGAGGACACCAGGGACCUCUACGAGAGGCGGUUUACGGGUAUGACAGGGCCCUGUGACAUGGGAACUUCCAUGUGCGGGCUAGACUUUCCACCAAUGACAAUGCCACCUCUACCACCAAGACGAGACCCAAUGCCUGCUAUGCCUCCUCUAGGUAUGGGAUCCAUGCGAGACACUGGCUUUUCCCGCGGAAACGAGUAUGGCAUGUUCAGCCGCCGAUCACCCCCUCCGAGUGGCAACAACGGCCGGUUCAGUAGAGGCAUGUACGAGGACUUCAGCCGAGAUUCGUUCGAGGAACGUAGAACAAUUGGCACUGCGGAUGAGGUGGUUGUGCACGAGCUAGCAUAUAGCGCGAAUAAGUCGCUUCAUCACGCAUACACGGACGUGGAAUAUUAAUUCUCUAUCUAUCUACCUACUUACCUACCUACCUACCUACCUACCUACCUACCUACCUACCUACCUACCUACCUACCUACCUACCUACCUACCUACCUACCUAUAUACAUAUACAUACACGUGUGAUACGUGAAAUGAGAGAACAGGAAUACGAGAAACGACCGGAUUUCGAUAAGCCUGUUCACAUGCACACGCUCUUUUACUCGCCUUACUAGUACGGGAGAUCCUGUCUUGUACGUCUGACCUCGCCGUUUUCGUGUGUGUUUUUUGCAACUUUUUAUUUUUUAAUAAACCUCAAGACACGUACGAACGAUA